ACCUCCCACCUCCCACCCCCCACCCCAGCCCCCAGUUAGCUUCGAAAAUAAAAGAAGCAAAUCCUCUCUGGGCAAACACAUGCAGCUGCACGGAGAGCACCGUCGGAGGCUUCAACAUGAAGACGACCAUUCUUCUGACCGCCCUGGUCUCAGCCGCGCUGAGUGCUGAAUAUGAUCAGUCUUCUGAAUAUCCGGACUCGCUCAGUGCAGAGUCCGAACUGGUGAAGUUUGGCGCCCUCUGCAGUGGAAACCCCAGCAACCGUAAGCGAGGUUGCGAUGGCAAAGGGUACGGCUGUGGAAACUACGGAGCCAGCCGAGCUGGAGGUAAACGCAAGCACUUGGGCCUGGACAUCGUCUGCGCCGACGGGGCGACGGUUUACGCCCCGUUUGACGUGAAGCUGGGCGGCCGCGCCGCUCCUUAUAAGAAAAACAAUGCCAUCAAUGACGGCGUCAACCUCAGCGGAGGAGGCUUGUGCUUUAAGCUGUUUUACGUGAAGCCGGACAAGUACACCGGGACGGUCAAGAAGGGUCAGAAAAUCGGAAAGCUGCUGCCCAUGCAGUCAGUCUAUCCAGGGAUCACCUCUCACGUGCACGUCCAGAUGUGUGACAAGACGGAUCCCACCAAGUACUUCUGAGUCGUUCCAGAGCCCCAAAAAUGUCUUUGGCAUUUUAAACCUAAGCUUCACCAUCACAUCGGGUGCCUGGUCCCGUAAGAAAAGCCUUAUUACAAACUGUCAUUUUUAAGACAGGCUUAAUUACUGGCCUCCAAUGACAACACAGCAUUGGAAGAAUGAACAAUGAUAGUGCAGGAAACGCAAGAGAAUAGUUUUGUUGGAUAACAGCUUUAUUCUUGAAUUCUGAAAAGUUAUGAAGUUAUAUCUAGCUUCCACCGAAUGUUUGCUGUCUGGCUAUCAGGCUUUUCUGGAACAUGUCAAUUUCUUCACCUGCUGCAAUUUAAUAAAAGACUGAACAAAACAGAA